CCACUUCUUUUAAGCUCUUACUGUUAAUUACAGUAAAAAAAAAUACUUUAAAUAUAUAUAUACAUUCUCAAAAUGUGUGUGUGUGUGUCUGAAGAACUUGUGUUAGCAACCAUGAUUUCUCAUGAGACAUUAGUUCUGUGUGUUUGUCCUCUGGGAAGAGUUGUGUGUCACUCUGUGUCUGUGUUUGUUUAAUUAUGAGACAUUGUUAACAUUCAUCUAGACAUAGGACAAUCAAUCCAUCCAACCGUUUAAACAUCCAUCCACCAGUCCCUAAAGCCGUUCCAUAAUGAAACAUGAGAUCGUUCCUCAGCCCGGUAUUGAAGCAGUAGUUAUUAAAUCUCUCCCUGCUCUGUCUAUAUCUUACGGUAAGCUGAGGUGAUUGUCAUAGUGACCACAUUCCCAGGUGAGAAGUGUUUGCUGGUAACUCCCCUGACCUGCUGUCCCUCUUUACCUCACCACUAAUUCUAACAUUUGUGCUCUUGCGAAUUCUGAAGAGUCUUCGGCGUAGCAGCACAUGAAGUGAGGAGAUCGCAGUAAUGCCUUUGGGGAUCAAAUUUGGCCUGACGGGGGGUGUUCACAAAAGUUGCUUUAUUCCAAAUAAAUCUCCCUUUGGAGCCACACUAUUUUUUUUUUAAACUACAUACAUUUUGGCUUGUUUAGUAUUAUUAUAGAUUUAAUAUAUGUAUAUAAGAGUUCUAAUCUAUGGUAUGCAAGUAAAGGUGUUUGUGUUGUAUGUACAGUAUGACCGGCCAGUCGGCUGCUGCGGGAUCUCCUUGCUCUCAUCAUCUCUCUGUGCAAACUCAAGAGGAUGAGCAGGACAGAGCAGAGAGUGUGUUAAGCAGGUCUCAUUCUGUGUGUGAUGACACCUCAUCUGAGCUGCAGCGAGUAGCUGCCCUAGAACCUCAGGAUGCGCCGUCCAGAAACGACUUUACAGGAAGAAGAGCCCUGUUCAGGUUGGUGAGUCUGGUGGUGAUUCUGAGAGACUGGGCACACAGGAGUCUUAUAGAGGAGGAGGAGAGACCUGAUUCCUUCCUGGAUAGAUUCCGGGGACCCGAAGUACGAGCUCCACCCAGUCGAAGUAGCAACAACCAACCGGAUGCCAAUGGAAAUACAAAUGGAAACACAAAGAAGCAAUGGGAGACAUUUAUAGUUUCUCCCUCUGAUGAUAUUUACUACUACUGGCUGUUGUUCAUUGCUGCUGCUGUGCUUUAUAAUUGGGUACUGCUUGUGGCAAGAGCCUGUUUUGAUCAAAUGCAGACUGAGAAUCUUAUUGUCUGGCUGGUGUUUGACUAUUUGUGUGAUGCUGUCUACAUACUGGAUUCAUGUGUGCGGCUAAGGACAGGUUACCUGGAGCAAGGACUUCCAGUGAAGGACCUUGCAAAACUCAGAGACAGCUACAUUCACACUUUUCAGUUCAAACUGGAUGUUAUCUCCAUCCUCCCCACGGACCUGGUGUACAUUAUCAUGGGCAUCAACACACCACAGCUGCGCUUCAACCGCCUCCUGCGCUUCUCUCGUAUGUUUGAGUUCUUUAAUCGCACAGAGACAAGAACCAACUACCCAAACAUCUUCCGCAUCUGGAACUUGGUUCUCUACAUUCUGGUUAUUAUCCACUGGAACGCCUGCAUCUACUAUGCCAUCUCGAAGUCUAUAGGUUUUGGUUCAGAUCAGUGGGUUUAUCCCAACAUCUCAUCCACUGAGGAAGGAGCUCUGAGGCGGAGCUACAUAUACUGCUUCUACUGGUCCACAUUGACACUCACCACCAUCGGUGAGAUGCCACCACCAGUACGCGAUGAGGAAUAUGUGUUUGUGGUGUUUGAUUUUCUUGUCGGAGUCCUGAUUUUUGCCACCAUUGUGGGUAAUGUGGGUUCCAUGAUUUCCAAUAUGAACGCCACAAGAGCAGAGUUCCAAGCACGGAUUGAUGCUAUUAAACAUUACAUGCAUUUCCGCAAAGUCAGUCGCCAUCUUGAGACACGUGUCAUCAAAUGGUUCGACUACCUGUGGACAAAUCAGAAAGCAGUGGAUGAACAGGAAGUCUUAAAGAAUCUUCCUGACAAGCUACGUGCAGAAAUUGCUAUCAAUGUUCAUUUAUCAACUCUGAAGAAAGUUCGCAUCUUUCAAGAUUGUGAGGCCGGGCUGUUAGUAGAACUGGUUUUAAAACUGCGUCCCCAAGUGUACAGUCCUGGCGACUACAUCUGCCGGAAAGGAGACAUUGGAAAAGAGAUGUACAUCAUUAAAGAGGGCCAAUUAGCAGUUGUUGCUGAUGAUGGAGUGACACAGUUUGCAUUGCUAACAGCUGGGGGUUGCUUUGGCGAGAUUAGCAUUCUUAACAUUCAGGGUAGUAAAAUGGGAAACCGUCGGACAGCUAACAUUCGCAGCAUUGGCUACUCUGACCUAUUCUGCCUUUCAAAGGAUGACCUUAUGGAGGCCGUAACUGAAUACCCAGAUGCACAGAAGGUUCUGGAAGAGCGUGGAAGGGAGAUUCUGAAGAAGCAGGGGCUUCUGGAUGAAAGCAUUGCACAGGGAGGGUUGCUCGUCAUUGAUACUGAUGAGAAGGUUGAACGUCUGGAGAGCUCACUGGAUGUUCUACAAGCACGAUUUGCCCGGUUACUUGGUGAGUUUACAGCAACUCAAAGCAGACUGAAACAGAGAAUCACAGCACUUGAGAGACAACUGUGUCAUACAGGCCUUGGGCUUGUUUCAGAUCAAGAGAUGGACUUUGAGAGUAAAGGUAACACACCUCGAGCCAACUCGACUACAUAGAUGUGUGCAUCUGCAUCAUGAAGAUUGUAUGCCUCUAUUUCACAAGAUUAUUAAGUGUUUAGUUGAACACAAAUUCUAAUUUACAGACAU